AUGAAAGGAGAUUUCCGGCGUCAUUACGUCCGUCUUCUUCAAUCCUGCAGCAACAGUAAUCGCAAAGCUCUAUGGCCACAAAUCGACGGAUUAUUCUUCAAAAACGGCUUUCGCAGCUCCAUCGUCACCGUCGGCAACGAUCUCCUCCAGAUAUACACGCGAUGCGGCAGAAUGGAGAUUGCCCGGAACGUGUUCGACGAAAUGCCUGAGAGAAACUGUUACUCGUGGAACACAAUGCUUGAAGGGUACAUGAGAUCUGGCGAAAAGAUGAAAUCUUUGAAGCUAUUUGACACGAUGCCAGAGAGAGAUGAUUACUCUUGGAACGUCGUCGUUUCCGGUUUUGCUAAAGCCGGUGAGCUAAGUGUCGCCAGGAGGGUAUUCGACGCCAUGCCGGAAAAAGAUCUCUUGACAUUGAAUUCUCUGCUUCACGGAUACAUCGGAAACGGUUAUGCAGAGGAAGCUCUGAGGUUGUUUAAAGAAUUGAACUUUACCCCUGAUGCGAAGACAAUGACGACACUCAUCAAGGCUUGUGCAAAGUUGGAAGCUUUGAGAUGCGGGAAGCAGAUACAUGCUCGGAUUGUGGCCGGAGGUGUUGAGUGUGACUCGGUAAUGAACAGCUCUCUGGUUAAUUUGUAUGGAAAGUGCGGUGAUUCGAGAAUGGUAAGCAGUAUGGUGGAUCAGAUUGGGGUACCUGACGAGUUCUCUCUCUCUGCGUUGAUUUCAGGUUAUGCAAACUGUGGGAGAGUGAAUGAGUCGAGAAGGCUUUUCGAUAUGAGAAGUCACAGUAACAGAUGCGUGUCUCUAUGGAACUCGAUGAUCUCUGGUUAUGUUGCCAACAACAUGGAGAUGCAGGCAUUGGUUCUUUACAAGGAGAUGAGAAACGAAGCAAGAGAAGAUUCUCGUACGUUGGCUUCUGUUGUUAAAGCUUGUAGCGGUUUAGGUUUGGUAGAGAGUGGUAAACAAAUGCACGGGCGUGCUUGUGUACUUGGGUUGGUUGAAGACAUUGUUGUGGCUAGCACGUUGGUUGACAUGUACUCCAUGUGUGGAAGUUCGGUGGAGGCUUGUAAGCUUUUCAGUGAGGUCAAAACGUGUGACACAAUCUUGCUGAACAAUAUGAUCAAGGUGUAUUUCAGCUGCGGGAGAGUGGAAGAUGCGAAACGUGUGUUUGAGAGGAUUGAGAGCAAGAGCUUGAUUUCUUGGAACUCGAUGACUGUAGGGUUUAGUCAGAACGGUUGUCCGGUUGAGACUUUGGAGUGUUUCCGCCAAAUGCACAGGAUGGAUUUGCGGACGGAUACGUUUAGUCUCUCUAGCGUGGUGAGUGCGUGUGCGAGCAUUUCUUCUCUCGAGCUCGGUGAGCAGGUUUUCGCUAGGGCAACUGUUGUUGGUCUUGACUCUGAUCAAGUAGUGUCGUCGUCUCUCGUUGAUUUAUAUUGCAAGUGUGGAUCCGUUGACUGUGCCAGGAGAGUGUUUGACACAAUGGUGAAAUCAGAUGAAGUGCCGUGGAACUCAAUGAUAUUAGGUUAUGCUAAUAAUGGCCGUGGAGUUGAAGCGAUUGAUUUGUUCGAGCAAAUGAAUGUUGCUGGUCUAAAACCCACUCGGAUCACCUUCAUGGGUGUACUAACUGCGUGCAAUUACUGUGGCUUAGUGGAAGAGGGAAGGAAGUUUUUUGAGGCGAUGAGGUUGGAUUUUGGUGUUGUGCCAGACAAAGAGCACUUUUCGUGUAUGGUCGACCUUUUGGCUCGCGCUGGUCGUUUGGAAGAAGCGAUAGGUCUUGUGGAGGAGAUGCCUUUCGAUGCGGAUGCAAGCAUGUGGUCAUCUGUUCUAAGAGAAUGUGUGGCGAAUGGAUAUAAAGCCAUGGGGAAGAAAGUUGCUGAGAAGAUUAUUGAGCUCGAACCUGAGAACUCAGUUGCUUAUGUUCAGUUGUCCGCCAUAUUUGCAACCUCUGGAGAUUGGGAAAGCUCGGCGCUUGUGAGGAAACUGAUGAGAGAGAAGCAUGUGAAAAAGAGUCCAGGUUCCAGUUGGGCUGAUUUUUGA